AUGCGAUUUCGACAACCGCCCUUGUGGCUGCAAGCGUUGCUCUAUAUUCACCUACCCUGGCCCAAGAAUUGUCCGGCCAGGGCCCGUGGAGGGGGUCAGCUGGUUACCCAACAGGGAAACUACUACACUCUCACCGAAGCGUUAGACAUCGCUGUGACUCCGGACGCUGGAGAUGCCAAAUACUGGUCUAGCACGGGCUACAAUUCUCUUGGCGAGCCAAGCAAACUUGAGGCCGAUGGUGGUGUUGAACACAAUGGGGGCGGAGGCCCGUACUGGUAUGCGGCCGCUGAGCCUACCCAAGGCGCCGCCGUUACCCUGAGUGCGGAAGAAUCGGAUGGGGCUCAGCGUGUAGUUCUCGUCUGGAAGUCCAAUUAUUAG